ACCAAACCAAAACCAGUCUCGUGAAGCAGCAGCUGAAGGAGGAGGAAAACAAAAUAAAACCUCACUCUUUUUCUUCUCCAUCUUUCUUCUUCCUUCUUCCUCUCUCUCUUUCUCUCAAAGCAACACUAACAUUUCCACUCUCACGAAAAAAGAAAAAAAAAAGAGCUUUAUUUUUUUUCUCUCUCUCUAGAAUUCCACCACCAACAACACCAACACCAACAACUACACUCACACUCGCUCACUCACUCACAUUCAUUCUUUGCUUGCUCCUUUUAAAUUCACGAGAUCCCCAUCCCUUUCUUUCUUUCCCCUCUUCUCUCUCUCUCUCUCUCUCUCUCUUCAUGUCUUCAUCUUCAGAGCUUCCCAAUUCCCAUUGCUAACACAGAGAGAGAGAGAGGAGAAGCUUCAAGCUUCAAGCUUCAGGCUUCAGGCUUAAGGGUUUUGCCCAAGCUCGAAUUUUGAAGCGACCCUUUUGCUCCAAAAUGUCGCAUUCCUCGGGGAAGCCCGUUUCCGACGUGGUGGCCAUCGACGCCUUCGCCGAUCGCUUCCGCGAAACCCUAAAAUGUGACAACACCAACAAGCCCGACUUCCGAGAGCUCGAUCUGGGCUCGCCAGUCUCGCCAUUGCGGACGCGGGCCCCCGCCGCGAGUACCAGCUCCAGCUCUUCCGGAUCCUUCUCCGGCCGAACCGGGCCCGGGCCGGUUCCGCGAAAGCCCGACAACAGUAACACUAACAGCAACAAUAACAACUCCGGUGAACUUUCUGGUUCCAGCGAGAACAGCCCCAAGCCGGGUCACGCGAGAUCCGACUCCGGAUCCGCGCCGGCGCCGUUGAUUUACUCCGGCCAGACGGUGACUUCGCCGCCGAUGAACGUUCUCCCCACCGGGAACAUCUGCCCCUCCGGCAAGAUCCUUAAGAUGGCGCCGAAUCGGAGUGGCAGAAGCGACGUGUUGGGCUCCGGCAUGGGGAACUACGGCCACGGCAGCAUAAUGCGGGGCGGCGGAGCCGCCGCCGGGAAGGCGGAGCCGGUGAGUUCUCGCGGAAAUGAGACGGCGAAGAGAGGGGUGCACGUGCAGGGUGUGGAUCCGGAGGAGUUGAAGAGAUUGGGGAAUGAGUGUUACAAAAAGAGGCAUUUUUCUGAUGCGUUGAGUCUCUAUGAUCGCGCCAUUGCUUUGUCGCCGGCGAGCGCUGCCUACCGUAGCAACCGCGCGGCGGCGCUGACCGGGUUGGGGCGGUUGGGGGAGGCUGUGAGGGAAUGUGAGGAGGCUGUUAGAUUGGAUCCUAAUUAUGGGAGGGCUCAUCAGCGUUUGGCUUCUCUUUUCCUCAGGUUGGGACAAGUUGAGAAUGCUAGGAAGAACCUUUGUUAUCCUGGAAUGCAGGCAGAUCCGUGUGAGAUGCAGAGGUUGCAAGUGGUGGAAAAGCACAUCAGCAAAUGUGGGGAUGUACGGAGGGUAGGGGAUUGGAAGAGUGUUUUGAGGGAGGUUGAUGCUGCUGUUGCUGCUGGAGCGGAUUCUUCUCCUCAGCUCUUUAUGUGUAGAGCAGAAGCCUUUUUGAAGCUCCACCAGAUUGAUGAUGCAGAAUCGGUUUUUUUGCAAAUUGCCAAAUCCGAGCCGCACACUAGUUCCUCUUCUCAGGCAAGGUUUUUUGGGAUGCUUUCUGAGGCUUAUUGCUAUUUUGUCAGAGCUCAAAUUGAGAUGGCAUUGGGAAGGUUCGAGAAUGCAGUUACAGCUGCUGAGAAAGCCAGUCAGAUUGAUCCCCGGAAUGUUGAAGUUGCUGUUUUGCUCAACAAUGUGAGGAUGGUGGCAAGGGCCCGAGUGCGUGGCAAUGAUCUUUUUAAAUCUGAGAGGUACACCGAAGCUUGCUCGGCAUACGGGGAAGGUUUGAGACUGGACCCUUCGAAUUCUGUUCUUUAUUGCAAUAGAGCAGCUUGUUGGUUUAAGCUUGGGCAAUGGGAAAGAUCAAUCGAAGAUUCCAACCAAGCUUUACAUAUCCAACCAAAUUACACCAAGGCCCUUCUUCGAAGGGCUGCAUCAAACAGCAAGCUAGAAAGGUGGGAAGAAGCGGUCAUAGAUUAUGAGGUCUUACGGAGAGAACUUCCAAAUGACAAUGAAGUUGCUGAAUCUCUUUUCCACGCACAAGUUGCCCUUAAGAAAUCACGCGGGGAAGAAGUAUAUAAUUUAAAAUUUGGUGGCGAAGUAGAAGAAGUAUCAGGUCUUGAGCAGUUUAGAGCUGCAAUAUCUUUACCAGGUGUAUCUGUUGUCCAUUUUGAAGUUGCAUCUAACUCUCAAUGCAAGCAAAUAUCACCAUUUGUCAAUACACUAUGUGGUCGAUAUCCAUCUAUUAACUUCCUCAAGGUGGACAUUCAAGAAAGCCCAACAGUUGCAACUGCAGAGAACGUUAGGAUUGUACCAACCUUCAAGAUAUACAAAAGUGGCAGCCGAGUGAAGGAAAUUGUAUGUCCUAGUCGCGACAUGUUGGAACACUCCGUGCGGCAUUACAGCUUUUAGAGCUCAUGACAUGUAAUGCUUCUCUGCUGUCUUCAGCACUUCCUUGUUGUUGUUUCCCUAAACCUCCAGUUAAACUCUCUAGUCUCUACAGCUCUUGCAGUCUUUUGAUCCCACCAUAAAGUGAUCACCUCAUACCUGUGACAUAGUCAAAACCAGAUAAUAAUCUCUUUAGCAGCCAAUGCCAUUGGAACCUAGAGAUAGUCUAGUUCCUUUUGAAGUUUUUAUUUUUUCAUUCAUUCCUCAUUGCUCAUUGCUCUUUGGUUCCAUGUUCCUCCCAACUCCCGUUGUCGAUUUUCUUUUUGUUCUCGACUCCUUUUCAGUUCACUAGGUCAGCUGUUCUUGUACCCCCAGUUUCUUUAAGGAUAAAAGAAAACAAAAAAAAUGUUCUUUAUGUCUGUACAAUUGAUUUAAUUAUGAGUUUAAAUUACUUUUUAAGAUAGAGAAAUAUAGACAGAUAUAGAAUGAAGGGAGGGGAGGGGAGGGGGUUGUGCUAGUUAGAAGGAGAGAUCUGUACAUGUAUAUAUGUGAUGAUAUAUACAACAAGACACUGGAAGCCUUUGAGGGGAGAUAGGAUGAGUGGUGGGUACCUGCUGAGUUGGCAAAAGGAGGAUGAAACUGUUAUUAUUGUUCUUUUUUUUUUUUUUUUGUUAUCCUAUCUUAGCCAUUCAAUCAAUAAAAGUUGGCAUUUUUUCUA